AUGUCACUAUGGCCCUUUGGAGAGACGUUAAAUAAUUCGGGAAUAGAUUCGAUACUUGACGAGUAUUAUCUAAUUUUUCGUAGUUUGAAGGAAAAUGAGUCAUCCUCGAGUGAUAAUGAGAAGGAUAGGCCUUCCAUGGAGCCGAAUUCUAAGCUUCAUAACGGAUCUCGAGAUAGAAGCGAUCUUAACCAGUCAUUUAUUGAUAGGAUCUUGUUAGAAGCAGCGCUGCUGGAUGAACUGAAUGAAGGAACCAAUGAUAGACUCGUCGACUUCAUUUGCUUGGGAUAUUUCUAUGACGACCGUACCCAACGGAUCAGCCACAUGGAUUAUCUAGUGGAUAUGCUCAUGAUUUACCUGAAGGACAUAGACCGCAAUAGUUAUAGGAUUCCAUUUCUUUUGGAGAAUUCCUUUCAUCAAACAGGGGACUAUAAUGAUCAGGAUGAUGAAGAUCCACUGUUAUAUGUUAACAUCAUCUCUAGUAUUUUUUGCUCGAAAAGUUCACACAUAUUGAAGUCUCUCGUGCAGAAUGUACCAUUUUUGUCUUCUCUGUUAGAAAUUUUUCAAUUCAAGAAUAUCAGGACAGAAAAUUGUCCUAUCUUGGCCAUUUUUCUUAAGAUUAAUGAAACGCUUCUGUUUGAACAAACAUCUAGUUAUUUGGAAUUUUUCAAAUCGCAACGGGACAUUGUGAACAAGUUCCUUAACAAUAUCGAGGUUUCACCUUUAAUUGAAUUUCUCAUCAAAGUCGUGUUGACAGAUCGAUCUGAAUCGCCUACGGGAAUUAUUGAUUUCUUUUAUGAUCAGGAUCUAAUACCCAAUUGUUUGAAUCUCUUGGACAAUAGCACAUACUCGCCUGGUAUACAGAAUAGUAGUGGAGAACUUUUGAAAGCUUUGAUUGGAAUUUCCACCAAUUUCAAACUUGAUAACCUAUGGAUUGGGCCAAACCGACUGAUAAGACAGCUUGCUUCCCCACAAUAUGUCGACCAACUUAUCGAUAUUGUCUUGCUCCAAAGAGGUCAUGCAAUGGGCGUUGCCGUGUCCAUUAUAAUUGAGUUGAUCAGAAAGAACAAUUCCGACUACGAUGAAAUAGAUUUGUUGAGUACUACUAUAGCAAACAAUCCGCCUUCACAGAGAGACCCAAUUUAUUUGGGCCAUUUGUUACAUAAGCUCGCAACUCACAUGGAAGAUUUUUAUGCCCUGUUGAUUAUGCUUGAAAAUGAUGGUGAUGAUGGCAACGAUAACAUUGGUGCAAAUGGUUUUGCAUCUGCUAACCAUCAGCUUUUAGAAAACCAAUUGCAUGAGUCUUUUAGGCCAUUAGGAUUUGAGAGAGUUAAGAUUACAGAGUUGGUAUCUGAAAUGUUACACUGUUCAAACAUGGGAUUGAUGAACUCAAGAAGAGCUGAAAGAAUAGCACGUAUCAGAGAUAGGUGCAGAGACACUCUUGAUUACAAACUACUGGAAGAAGCCAUGACAAAUUUGCAUAUAAAUAAGAACAUUGCUUCUUCCAAUUCAUUAGAUGAUAAAUGUAAUAAUAACGCUAGUAACGACAGUAAUGAUAAUCAAACCAAAAAACAAAUUUCCAAGAAAAAUCUUGAUGAUAAUGAGUUGUAUUUUGCUUUUGAUACAUCCGGUGAGAGUAUCAACGAUGAUGAUAUGAGUUUUGAAAUUCCUUAUGUCAGCGAAGCACAGAAUGUGAAAUUACGUAAAAAUCCAACGAUUGGAGACUUAUUCAAAAUUAAACUUCAUGAUCUUGGGUUUCUGCCCAAGUUUUUGCAACUAUUCUUAAGAUAUCCCUGGAAUAAUUUCUGGCAUAACAUUGUGUUCGAUAUUAUUCAACAGAUAUUCAAUGGCCGAAUGGAUUUCUCUUAUAAUUCUUUUUUGAUCUAUUCCUUGUUUGAUUUUAAAAAAUCUAGAGAAUUUGUCCCAGAGAAUUUAUCAUGUAGCGAUCAAAAGUUAUCCAUUACAGAUUUUCAUAUUAUCUCAGAUUUCAUUUUACAAGGUCACAAGGAUUCAUUUGAAUUCUACGAAAGAGAGAAAACAAAUCUGGGCUAUAUGGGUCAACUAGUAUUGAUUGCAGAAGAAAUUGCAAAGUAUUCCAAAAUCUAUAAGACGGAUUUAAUUUCUCCAGAUAUAUACACAUUUUUACAAGACGAAAUUUGGAUAUCAUAUUCAAGUGACAUCUUGAAUGAAACAAGAACAAUGUGCUCAAUAAUUCUAGGAGGAGGACAGUUUAGUGAAGGAAUUAAUGGAAGCACUGAAGAAGAGUUUUCGCAAGAGGCCAGUAUUAGCAGAACUACCCUUGAAUCUAGUAAAAUGAAUGAGAAUGAAAUUGCUCACGAAGAAGAUAUCAAGUUACAGGAUAAAGUCUCUCAACUUAUAGACGAAUUGGGUCAAUUGACCGAGUUAGAUAUUCACGAUAAGAUUAAAGAUGUUAUUGUUGAUCAUUUCUCCAACUUGAUUGAUUAG